AUGCUUAGCCGUGCUGCUCUGCCCUUGCUGAGGCAGAGAGCUCUUCCCACCUCCGUCAGAAUAUGCUCCGCAUCCCUCAGAGCAAGAUGUUACGCGAAAGAUAACCGACCUCAUGGCUAUAAAACACCUCCGUCCGCCCCAUCUUCCAGCUCCUAUACCGAUUCCUCUCAGAAACCGAAAGUUGUUCAACCGUCACAGAACACUCAAAACUCCCAAAACUUCUCGGAGCAACAGACAGAAUUCGAAUCGGGGCCUGAAUCGCAGAAAAACAAUGCCACACAGUAUACCGGUGCUGGCGCUGGUGUAAGUCAUGCUCAAGCAGAGUCACCCGGCGCCAAUGCGAAAGCUCCGGACUAUACAGACGCCCAGGCCGAAUUUGAGUCUCACAAGGAUGCUACGGAAUCGGAACCCGUAUCACCUCAACAACCUCUCCCUGAUCUCACGCGCGGUAUACCGUCCACAAUUGCUGCAGAAUUAGCUUCUAAGUCAAAACGUCGCGGCCCAACUGGACUGAACCUUACGGAAGAUCCGGAGAAAGGCGAUACUAGUGAGGGGGGUGGUGGAGGGGGCGAUACUCCUAAAGAUGCAUACGUUUCUUCGCUUGAACGCCGCCGCAAUCAGCUUGCAAAUCUAACUUAUGCUAUUUUCCUUGGUCUUGCUGUAUCCGGAACAAUGUACCUUGGGCGGAAUUGGUCCACAGACGAAGAAGAGAAAGCCCACCCAGACGCUCCAUCGGGAUGGGGAUUUGAUCUCUUUUUCAAGCGCAUCAAGGCCCGCUUUAACGAUUUGACAAGUUAUUAUAAAGACCCUGCCUUUAACCAGCUGUUACCGGACGAAGACCCCACCCUCAGACAACCUUAUACGUUAGUAUUAAGUUUAGAAGACUUACUUGUUCACAGUGAAUGGACUCGAGAGCAUGGAUGGCGAGUAGCUAAACGACCUGGGGUUGAUUACUUCCUCCGUUACCUGAACCAAUACUACGAACUUGUCUUGUUUACCAGUGUCCCUAGUUUUAUGGCUGAUCAGGUUAUUCGAAAAUUGGAUCCUUACCGCAUCAUUCGUUGGCCACUAUUCAGAGAGGCUACGAAGUACGAAGAUGGUGAAUAUGUCAAGGAUCUGUCCUAUCUUAAUCGCGACCUGUCCAAAGUCAUUAUAAUCGAUACACAUGAGCCACACACAAAACGCCAGCCCGAAAACGCAAUCAUUCUCCCCAAAUGGAAAGGUGACCCGAAGGAUACAUCCCUCGUUUCCCUUAUUCCCUUCCUGGAAUAUGUCGCAGGCAUGGGCAUGGAUGACGUCAGAACCGUUUUGAAAUCCUUUGAAGGCACAUACGUCCCUGCAGAGUUCGCCCGAAGAGAGAAAAUUAUGCGUGAAAAGUUUGAAAAACAACUAGAGGAAGAACGCGCCAAGCGACCCAAACACAGUAUUGGCAGUAUCGCAUCACUUUUUGGUAUCAAACCAAUGGGUAACGCUAUUGAUGGUCUGGACCAUAGCACUACUGAAGGCCUGGAGCAAGGUAAAAUGCUGUGGGAUCAGAUUCGUGAAAGAGGACAAAAACAAUAUCUAAUAAUUGAGAAGGAGAUUCAAGAAAAUGGAGAAAAAUGGCUUGCUGAGAUGGCGGCAGAAGAAGAAAAGGCAAGAGAAGAGCAGAUGAAAGGAAUGAAGAGCCAAUUCACGAGUUUCUUCGGCAGCCCUGAAGAAAAAAAAUAA